AUAAAAAAAAAAAAAGUUUAAAAUGGCUGAUAGCUCCGUGUUUUAUUCCGAAGUGAAAUCCAUUUUAGAGACGCUCAUAAUGACAGCGGUCGAUGUUCUCGGAGUUUCAGACAAAGGAACCGAUAAAACGAGGCGGACUCUGAGAGGCCAGGUGGGUUCACGGUUCUUAUACACCCGGAUCAGAGACGGUGUUUUCUGGGGGAGAUUGUGUCGUCGGGACGAAACCCAGAGCGGUAACGGAACGGCGCCAUAACAAAGAUGGCGGAUUGUGUUCAACAAAAGCAGCACAAACCGAGAUAUUGCUUAAAAAAAGUUUUAUUGACAGCUGAUAUCGGAGUUUUCUGAAGUAUUUAGGGAAAGUAAGACUGAAUUUUAAAGCGCAACUGUGGAAAAUCAUUUUAUCUGCUUACAAAGCCGGAUGUUGCUGCCAUGUUGAUCAGCGAGGCGGCCAGGAAGAUCAGCAGCAUUUUCUCGCAGCUCUCCUCGUCGCUUCUCGCUGAAAACCGCAAACUAAACUCACAGCUGGAGGCUGAACUGAAGAGCGCAGCUGAAGGUUUGGAAAACGCCCGGCUGUGGCGGGAGAACGUGCUGAACGGCGGUCCGGUGCUGCUGGAACAGAGCAGCACGGUGUUCCCCAUGAAGCCGCUUAUUAGACUGAAAAGAAAGAUGGACGAUGGAAAUCCUCCUGCAGCCUCUGCAGAGGUGGAAGACAUUGGAGAGAUGAUGCAGAUGCCUUCGUCUCCUUCUGCUGAAGAAGACACUGCUGAGGAUUUAGCUGCUCCAAAACUCCCUGAACUGGAAAACUCUGAAUCCCAGAAGACGCAGGAAGCAGCGCUGAAGCCUAAAGGAAAGGAGUUUGUGUGUGAGCUCUGCAAGAAGAGGUUUAGCCGUCGGUUUCACCUGGCAAAGCACAUGAACACUCACAAGGAGCAGCGGCCGUUCGCCUGUGACCGCUGCCCCAGGAAGUUCAGGACUGCAGAGACUUUGGAGCAACACCUGCUGCGACACGAAGAGAAGAAACACGCUAGCUUCCAGUGCCAGCGCUGUGAGAAGUCGUUCAAGACAAAGAUGAAUCUGAAGACACAUCAGCUGGUCCACUCAGACCUCCGACCGUUUAGCUGCGGGACCUGUGGGAAGGCCUUCAAAACCAAGCACAACCUGCAGGCACAUCAGGCGGUACACCUGGCAGAGAAACCACACAAGUGUUCAGAGUGCGGGGAGAGUUUCAGAUGCGCCAUCAGCCUGCAGUGCCACCGUAGUGUCCACACUGGUGAGCAUCCCUUCACCUGCACGGCAUGCGGCAAAACCUUCUCCAGCAGGCGGUCGCUCCGGACGCAUCAGGCAGUCCACAGGGGGAAGGUGUUCACCUGCGAGACGUGUGGGGCGGGAUUCACCCUCCGACAGAACCUCCAGAGGCACAUCCGCAUUCACACAGGCGAGAAACCAUUCGCAUGCAAGGUAUGCGGGAGGCCCUUCAUGCAGGACAACAAGCUGAAGGCGCACAUGCUGCUCCACGGCGCUGCCAAGGCAUUCAUGUGCGACCUCUGCGGGAAGACGUUCCUGUACAACUGCCAGCUGAAAGAAACAUCAGAAAGCCGCACACGAGGAGAAGCAGGCGUCAAAGAGGCGAGGUCGGGAGAGAGGCGAGCGCAGGGUGAUCUACCGGCGGGACAAAACCAUGCUGGACAUGACGGCGUUCAGCUGUGGCACCUGCCGCAAAGGCUUUGAUUCAGCUGCUUCGCUGCAGAGGCACGAGCUGAUCCAUGCUGGCGGCGCCGCACAGUAUGCCUGCGACCAAUGUGACAAGUCGUUUUUCUACAAAGCCACCUACGAGUACCACCGGAGGAUCCACUCCGGGGAGAGGCCGUUUGCGUGCGAUGUCUGUGGGAAGCGGUUCGUCAUCCGCCAGGCGCUCAAGUCCCACAGGCUGCAGCACUCUGGAGAGAAACCGCACAAGUGCGAGCAGUGCGGCAAGGACUUCCGUAUCUACACCAACUACCUGCGACACCGCCGUGUCCACACGGGGGAGAAACCCUAUGAGUGCGAGGUGUGUGGGACUCGGUUCCGGCAGCUCGGACAUGUCAAGUUCCACAUGCAGGUCCACACAGGAGAGAGGCCAUACUCCUGCAGCAGCUGUGGGCUCGGCUUUUCAGACUCCAGGUUACUCAGGAAACAUAACUGCAGUGAGAAAUAGGAUGGAUGGUUGUGAGAAAUAAAAAGCUUUUUUGACAGGUAUUGGUCACUUCAGCUUUCAAGAACUUCUAAUGUUGCUUUAUGGUGGAUUUCAGUUUCUUUAAAGGGACAGUAUUAUGUAAAAUUUACUUUUGUGAGCUUCAUAUCAUGCUAUAAAAUUAUUCCCUCAUUAAAAACA